AUGCCAUGUGUGGCGUGUGAGAUAGUUGAAAUGCGUGUGUCUCACGCUCAAUGCUUUUUCACUCGCUACCGCGGAUUCAGAUUCCCCAGGUUUACAACCACUAUUUUUCUUUUAGAAGCCGUUCCCAAAGGACGCGGUUUUAUCGGUGUUCAGGAUCCCACUUCCAACAACAUCUAUAUUGACGAAGUUACAGCAAGCACAUUAAAAAGUGGCUUGACCACCAUUUUCCUUCCUAUUAUCUACAUUUUUGUGUUUUGUGUGGCGUUGCCCAGCAAUGCUAUGGCAAUUUGGGUGUUUCUCUUCAGGUCAAAGAAGAUACACCCAGCGGCCAUUUACAUGGCAAACCUUGCACUCUCUGACCUCCUGUUUGUCGUGUGGAUGCCCCUGAAGAUCACCUACCAUUUUAGUGGCAACAACUGGACAUUUGGUGAGGGCAUGUGUAAAGUGCUGGUUGGUUUCUUCUAUGGCAACAUGUACAGUUCUAUCUUGUUCAUUGCAUGUCUCAGUGUGCAGCGGUACUGGGUGGUGGCUAAUCCACUUACUAACCAGAGGAUGAACAACAGUCUGGCCAUUGUUGUGUCCCUAAGCAUUUGGGCUUUUAUUUUUAUUAGUACUAUACCAUUGUUCCUGUACCAGCAGACAGCCAGGCUUUCUGAUCUAAACAUCACCACUUGCCAUGAUGUCAACAUCAUCACACUGGAACACUUUAAAACACAAAAUACAUUUUUGGAUGUGGAAAAGCCCUACUACUAUUUUAUGGUUAUGGCUGGGUUGGCUUUCUGCACACCAUGUGUGGUCAUCAUCACCGCUUAUACCCUGAUGCUGCGUCAACUGGGAAAUUCCAAUGUGGAUGGCAGCAGCGCUGGCAAGAGUCGUCAGCGAGCCAUAGUUCUUAUUAUAACAGUUCUUAUUACAUUCUUGGUUUGUUUUAUUCCCAGCAACAUGAUGCUUGUGGUUCAUUAUGUCCUACUGGGAAAAGGAAUUACCAACAAUGGAUAUGGCUUUUACAUCACCACCUUGUGUCUGAGCAGCCUCAACAGCUGUCUGGACCCUUUUGUAUAUUAUUAUGUGUCAGAGGAUUUUCGCUUUCAUGUGAAAAACACGCUACUGUGCCGAAGUAGCCGGACAGUGGAAAGAAUGAGAGUGUCCUUUAGCUCAUUAAAGUACUCCAAGAAAAGCAGUACAUACACAGACACAAGCACAUGCUGAGAGCACAAAUGGACUGUCUAAAGGAAGUUUGUAACUUUGUUACAUGUUAAAUAAUUAAAGGAC